CGUGGAAGUCCUCCUCAUCCAGUAUGUUUGGGUGGCUCGGCGGGAAGUCUGGCUCGUCAGCGGCCGGUGCUGGGCCUCGGGUGGAGAAUGGCGUGAGGCGGCUGCCUCUCGAGCUGCAAAACACCGUCGGCGGCUUCAUGUCGGCAGCAGACUGCGCAUCGUACCGCCCGACGUGCAGCCAUGGCCGCGGCCUUAUCAGCGAGAGCUUCCUGCAGCGCCGCAUUCAACGAUUCCUCAACGACAAGGGGCUGACGAGCAUCUUCCGCUUGCAGGAGGAUGGAGAUCCGCAGCAGGAGGGGGGCCUUGUCAUUCACUACAUUGCCUAUCUGCUGGGGCUCAUGUAUAUCCUCGAGGCCCUGGGCGACUGGUCCGAGUGGGUCUGGCGCAUCCGGUCAGUCUUAACAGGACAGACGUGUGUGCAGGUCUGGGGCAUGCCCGCGCGUGUGUGUGUUCAGCCUGGCGCACCACUGUGGCGUGUUGACGGAUUCGCUGCCCCUCAUGCUGCGGCCCGCAGACGUGCACAAGGUCAAGAGCAAGAAGGAGCUCCAUCGACAGCCGCAGAGCAUGGGUACGCACAUUCCAUAUAUAUGCAGUGGAACUGUCCGCCUGCACUCGACCUGUGUGUUGUGUGUGUGUGCAGGUCAGUAUCUUCUCUUCGGGCACCGGCUGGUGUAUGAGGGCGCCCGCAACGACAUGGCGCUGCAUUCUGUCGACAGGGAGGGGUACGGCUGGCUGGGCAGCUGCCACAUGAGGGCCUAUCGCGCACCAAGCGCCAUCCGCAAUGGCUGUCCAUUCCGCAACUCAUACGAUCGCAAGGAUCCCGUCUGUGAUAGUGAGCUGCUCGUGGGCACACAGGAGGGGGAAACUGAAUGGAAACACAUCUGGCCUUUGUGUGUGCGCGCUGCCUGCGUGCUUGGUGCGUGUGCAGUUCUUGGCUACUCGUUUGCGUCGUUCAGGGACGCCGUCAGCCUCAGGUGAGUCAGACAGACAGACCAUUGACCGUCUUGUGUGUCGUCUCUCUCUCUGUUAAUCUCUCCCCCCUCUCUGCCUGUGUGCGGGCUCAAUGCGAGCAGGUUUUCGCCGCACCCCCAGACGCCCACUGCGGUGCGUACGGCCUUCAUGAAGAUGGCCUUCCCGGGCCCCAACGCCGCCCUCUUCCGUCGCCUCGACACACUCGCCACAUGGCGGCCUCCGGUGCUCGGCAGACAGACCGUCGCCACUCAGACGAUCUGUCGCCAAACCGAGCUCCUGCGCAUCAUCUGCCUGCACGCCGACGGGCCAGAGGUCCAGGACGGCUUCGCGGCCUACUUGGAGGUCUACCGCUGCAUCAACUACAACGCCUACGUGGCCCUCCGCACGACCGAGACGCGGCAGGACGGCUCGCGAGCGGCGACGAGGUUCCCCCGGACGGUUGCCGUGGUGCGUCGCGUGAUGCGUGCCAACGACAUUCAGCUCAUCUUCGGCAACAGACUCGACUGAUGGAUCGAUUCGUUCGGUGGGUGCGCAGAAAGAAGACAUACAUGCGUUCAAUCUGGUAGCGAGUGCGUCCCUGUGUGUGUGUGUGUGUGUCUUGCUGAGCAAGGGAGCGGAGGGAAGGCGGAUGGCUUGAGGACACGCACAGCCGUCUAGGUCUAGGUGUGUGUGGGGGUGGGUUGGAUAACACAUGGGGCCGGGAGUAUUUUGUGCAUCUGAUUGGUGUGUUUAAGCGCCGGUUGUGUGUGACGGAAGGGGCAAGGCAGUCAGUCGUUUGAUGUUACACGACGGUGCACAAAUGUGUUUGAGCGCCGCCUGUGUGUUGAGGGGGGGGGGGAAGGCAGUCGUUUGCAUGUCUGUCUACACGACGGUCCCUUAGCCCAUGCAUGGUUCUGUCCAUGACAGAGACCACGGCUGCAGACACCGACAGUCUGUCAAAUAUGGCUGGCACGCAAU